AAAGCAGCAGCAACCCCCCAAAGAAAAAACUGAAAACUCAGACUCAACCCCUGUAUUUAUGAUUAUCGUGCUGCUACUGCUGUUCCAAUCGCUCUGCCGCUACUGCCAACGCCUGGUGCUCUACGUCCACGACCGAUGCUUCCCGAGGAACGUGCGUCUGCUCCAGGAGGUGGCCGAGACGGUGGGCGAUCGUAAGGCACCGCAGCGCCUGGCGGAGCAGCAGUUGGAGCAACAGAAGCGCAGCCAGAAGCGCCGCAUCCUCGAGCCCAUCCUUCCGCUGGUCGGUGGAGCCAAUUCCGAGGCCUGUCGCUUUUGUGCCCACAGUCCGCAGGGCUAUUGCCGGCAUCACUUUCACCUGCAGGAACUGCAGCUGCACAGGCAAAGGGGUUCGGGUCGUGGUGAGCAGGAUUUCCGGCAGAUCCGGAGGAUCAAGCGGGAGCUAAAGAGGACUAUAGGUCAGCAGCAACAGCAACUGCAGCCGGUGAGGAGCUAUCGACUGAAUUCCAGCUGGAGCAGCAGUUCCCUGAGCAGUGGCUACGCUUCGUUGACCACUUUUGGUUCUCAGGAGCAGGUGGAGAACGAGGAGGAGGCCUCUUUGGAUCAGGAGAGUCUAGAGGAGAUUAAACUGGAGGAGAAAGAACCACAGGAGCUGCAAGGGGAAGUUCAACAGCAAGAAGAAAACCCACUUUUUUAG